AGCACUUGCCUAAAUACAGCUUAACCAUGUGAUUUCCUUGCGGUUCGCUUGGUUUUAUUUGUUUUUACGAAACAAUCUGUGCUUACAGAUUUCCAAUUGAGCAUCUAUGUAUACCUAUACCGAUUUGCAUCCAUGCAUUAACUUUACUAUUAUUUCUUCUGUUUUUAUAUAAAUUGAGGAAAUUUGUAGAAACCAUUACUCACAGUUUUGCUUCAAAUCCUCAGAAAACCACUAGAUAUCUGAGGAGUGGUGGUGGCAACCUAGAGAGCCAUGUUCAUAGUUCUGAGGAGUUGUCCUUGAGUGUCGUCGAUCAACUAAUCAAGACUUCGACAAAUCGCCUGUUCUUCAAACCUCGUCCAGUUAUUCUAAUCUACCUAUGAAGCAAUCAGAAGUUCCUAACAAGGAAACUAAAAGAAAACUUGCGGCGGAUAUAGGAACGGCUCCUAGUGAAAAUAAUGCAUAUUUGGAUCUCAAACUAUCACCUCCAGGGGUCUACUUAAGGGGUAAAUCAUCUAAUGAAUCGAAAUCGUCGUCCCCAAGAUCUCAAGACUCAUGCGUAUCUGCUGAGGUUGAGUCAAAUGUAAACUUGGAGAAUAAUCUUCGAGAUGAAAGCUCGUCUUUGAUUGUGAUGGGAUGUACUUGUUGCCUCCUUUAUGUCAUGGUGACAGAGGCAGAUCCCAGAUGCCCUAAAUGCAAAAACUAUGACUUGCUCGACAUUUUUCGUCGAAAUCAGGUGAAGAGAUCAAGAAGGAACUAGUUCGAGCACGAAGUUUACAUGGUGGCUUGUGUUCAAAUGCUCCAGUAUGCUCUUGACCUGAUGCACCCUCUGCCUUUUUUCUUAGUGUCCUACACCAUCUUAUUACUUGGGGAGUCAGAAUUUGAUAAAAGAUAUGGUUUAUUUAUAUCUUUUUGCUCAGUAGUUUGGCUUUCUUUCCUUUCUUUUGAGAAGGCCAAUUCACAUAUUAACUGUGAUUAUGAUGUUAAAGAGUAAAAAUUUUCCUUUCUUUGGGCAAAUCACAGAGUUCAUUCUUUUUUUGUGCAUUUACUCUGUUGAAGGCUUUUCCGUGCAUUCUGUUUUUUGUUAAGGCUGGGAACAGCAAAUUCUCUUUGUCGUGUUCACAAAUCGCCAUUGGAGCUCAUUAACCAGAACUGUAUUCAGAAGAACAAAGAAUUCAGCAAUAGACUUGGUGAGUUCAUUCAGGCUACCUUGUCUUGAUCUUUCUUUUUUCUUUUUUACCAUAUUUGCUGCUUUCUUGAACCAAAUAAUGCUUGUUUUUAGGGAUUUUCAGAAGUUCAACACAGUAUAGUACUCUAGAUUUUGAAGCUCUGAUUUCUUCAUUUAUUUUCCUUUCAAGGUGUACAUAUAUGGUAAAUUCAUCAAUAAUGAGUAGGUUCUUGCAGAGGCGGGGAGUGUAACUUAAUCAAUCUUCAUUUAUUUUCCU